AUGUUCGUGGAAAUCGCAAAAUUUGUCACGAAAAACCUCUUCAAUGUCGAGGGUUGGGUCUGCGUCGUGUCAGGCGGUGGAACCGGCCUCAUGAUUGCACAAGCCUUUGCUAAUAACGGGGCUAAAGUCUACAUCACGUCGUGCCGCCAGGCGUCCUUGAAACACAUCACAAAACAAUGGGGUUCUUCUCUAGCUCAUCCUAAGGGGAAUUUUAUUCCAACUCGAUCAAACGUUGAAUUGGUCCAGGAGAUCGGCAAGCAGGAAGAUCACAUUGACCUACUGGUGAACAACGCUGGCAUCAGUGAAGUCACAAACACACUGGCUAUAUCAUUAAUAUUACCUCUGUUUUUGGUAUUACUCUACGGUACCACGCAGCACCCUACGAGCACAAUGUCUCAAAGGCGGUCGCUAUUCGCUUAA